ACAGAAGAGGAAGCAGACGUUUUUCCUCUCCUCACCAAGAUGGCUGGUGGUCGUCUAAGCUGCUUCUUCACAUCCAGUCUUGGGCUGCUUCUCGGGGUCUACUUCUACAAUGCAGGGGCUUCUGAUGGACAACGUGUCAUUCAUAAACAGGUUGGAGAAUCUGUGGAGCUUUCACCAGAUAAACCAACUGAAGGGGUCACUUUUGCACGAUGGACAUAUAAAGGAAAUACAGUUGCAAAAGACCACUCAGUUGCCACAGAAAACAACCCAUUUCAGGGCAGACUAGAGAUCUACACCAACUAUAGUUUAAAAAUAAGAAAACUGACUCUUCCGGAUUCUGGUGAGUUCAGUUUUGUCAGCGAGGACAAGGACCAACAAAGACCAACAGUUUCCAUCUCUCUACGAGUUCAUGAGCCUUUAACACAGCAGCCCAACCUCACCUCCAGAGUCAUCCAGCCUUCCUUUAAUGGAACCUGUACAGUUUUACUGGAGUGCAAAACAGCUCCUGAUAGAAACAUCACCUACAGCUGGACCGUGGGGAGCCAGACCUACAAAGGCCCUGAGCUGCAACGCAGCAUCAGUACACAGGAUGGAGCCAUCACUUUCACCUGCACCAUCACCGAUGCCGUCAGCAACAAGUCAGCAUCUCUAAUACAGACGUGUAGAAACCAAACCUCUACAAAUACUACGCUGAGAAGUGAGAGACAUGGAGGAGUUCACAUCAUGUGGAUCCUGACUGGAACAUUUGGUUCCCUGGUUCUCAUCAUAAUCAUUCUAAUAGCUAUCUGUGGCUGUAAACAGAGAAAGACGGCCAGUGACUCAAAUGAAUUGACAGUUUAUGCUGACGUCUCUGAUUUCACACAUGAAGACAGGAUGGCCUUGAAGCCUUGCUCCCUGUAUGACACCAUAGAAAACGGAGCACAGAUGGUUACAGAAGGGCCCCAGACAGUCUAUGACCAGAUCCAGUUUAAUCGAGUGAAGGGACCAUCAUUGUCGCCCUAUCAGGAUUUGUCCUAGGUGGCGUUGGAGUGUUUUGUUUUUACCCACAAGAUCAGCUCAAGAAAAAGAUUCAAGUUUAAUCAUCCGAUCCACCAAGCAACUCAGAACAAGAAUGAAGGCCAACAGCAAUCAGGAAGAAAGCACAUUUGAACAUAUUUACGCUUUACUUAUUUUACUCUGCCAUGGCCUAGGAGACCCAUACACAGCCACAACAGCGAAUACUUUCUGCAGAACUUUGUUGUCGAUAUUCUCCGCAGGCUAGCAAAAACACUCUGCUUACGCUCCGGACCGGAUAUUAGGAAUAGGAGUGAUGUGUGCAUGUGCAGCAGGAUCCUGUUACUGCUAGGGUUGUCACGGUAACCAGUGUAGCGGUAAACCCCGGUAAAAAAGUUGACAAUAAUAAUAACCGUCUUGUUUUUAAAAACAUAUAUUAUCUUGGUGGAUUACCGUGGCUGCGGUGACCCUUACCAGCCACCGUAUCAUCUGCUGAAGUUGCCGGCGGCACAUGUGCACUUUGUUGUUUACAACCAAAACUUUCUCGACGCUAAAGCUGAAAUAAUGGCCAAAGGAGGAGACGGCAGUGCUCAGGACAUUUUUUAACCCUCAAAGAAGACAAAGUGGGAAGUACGGGCAUUUUUUGGAUAUCUGAAGAGUGCCGAGGGACAGCUGAUAGAAGACGGCUAUCCUGUGUGCAGCACGUGCAGAAAAAGUGUCUGUGAAAGGCAGCAACGCUUCAAAUCUCAUGACACAUCUGCGUGACCAUCACCCACAACUCUACAGUCAACGCAAGGCAAGCUAACGUUAGCGUUUUAGCUAAAAUAGGUGAUCCGAGGAUUUGGGUUGAGGGAGAAUGCAACGAGUCGCUAUAUAAAGCAGCCGCAGCGCCGCUACCUGCAUAUAAACCGUGUCGCGGACACCCCCAUGUUGAAAUGACGCUAUGCAUUACGGGGCUCCCAGGGGCAGAUAAGAGUUGGUCUCUCUCCGAGAAUAAUUAUGAAUUUAAUAAUGAUUACUGCCUGAUGACAUUUUCCCACAUCUGCAAAGCUCACUGGAAGGACACAAACCGAGGACGAUAUUUUCCUGAUAUAGGGUUUAUUACUCAAGUAAGGGUAAAAAAGUAUCUGAUUAGAAGGCUACUCGAGUACUGAGUAUCAUCUGGUCUAAUAUUUUUAAAAUGAUGACAUCAAACAGACAAAAAAUAAGAAGUUAUGGGCAAAUACUGGUAUUUUAAAUGCUAAAGGGGAAAAAUGUAAAUAAUAAACAACAUAAUUACAAAAUAACAAAUUUUAGGCAAAAUUUAGACACAAACUGAGGACAAUAUUUCCUGACAUACAGGGUUUAUUUAGCUGUCUGAAAAUGUAACACGUUUAAAAAAAAUACCACGAUAAUACCGAAAACCGUGGUAAUUUUGGUCACAAUAACCGUGAGGAUACAUUUUCACACCGUGACAACCCUAGUUACUACCCUAACUCUAACCCACUGACCAAUCAAAAACCUUUCUCAGUGGAUCUCUCACUCACAAAACUGCCUUCAUGUGUUCUCACACCACACCUCUGGUUUCAUCAAGUUCAUCUGUGACGCGUUGCAUUGCACUGACGUACACACUCCCCCACGCCACCGCUGGACUGGACUAAAUAUUUAUUACGCAGCAAGUUGUGGAAGUUCACUACAAUAUGGACAUGUAUCUGUAAAUGCAAAGGCUUGCACUGAAUAUCUCUCGUUGGUAAUCCGAUGUUAAUUAAAGGUUUUUUUAAAUAGUUGCCCUUAAUAAAGUAUUAUGUUUAGUUCUUCUGCUCCACAAUCUAUAAUCCUGAUGACACGUUUUACCUGUUGAAGAGGUGACUAAUCAGGAUUUUAUCAACAGAAAAAUAUUUAAGUAGGACAAAAUACAACAAAGAAAUGGUAAACCAAUUUAACAUUUCAAUAUUUCUGUGCUAAGUUUAGAUGGUAAUAAUUUAUUUCUCAUUUAGAAUCAUGAACAAAACAAAAAGUUCCAGAAUUUUAUAAUCAGCAUCCAUCACAGUUAGCCGCUUGCUUGAACUUGAGAAUAUGUUGAAUGAACAUUUCCUAAUUCAUGUAUUUCUCUUAGAUUUUUGUUUCCAUUUUUAAAAAACUUUACAACGUAUAAAAUACUUUCUUCUUCUUCAAAAAAAAAGGAGAUUUAGUGAAACUUUUUUGUUUUCAGUGUCUUGCCUUAGAACAAACCAACUUUUGGUGUGGGAAGAGUGUCUUCAUAUUAAAAUCAGAGUUCUAUUUGAAAUUGUAUGGUAUUUUGCUGUAAAUACUGUAAAUGUGUACAUUAUUAAAUAGCACAUAUUUUUUACUUGUAAAUUGAUUGCAUCGUUUGUUAAUAUUUGCUGUAAUGCUGUAUUGUAAUUUGCUGUUGUCAGGCUUCUUGGGACCAAGGUCAUUUUUGUUUUUCUUUGACAUCUUCAGAUAUUUUAUUAUCCUAUUAAUUAGUUUUUUAAAACUCUGUUUCAGUUUUAUUAAAAUGUUGCUUCAUACAUUCUU